AUGGACCAACGAGGAAUGGAAAAAUAUAGAAUAAGAAAUUCAAUUAAGAGAGAAUCUAAAAAAAGUAAAGAGACAUUUUUGGAUAGUAUUUUUACAGAGUUAAACGUACAGCUGAAGUCAGGGCAAAUGAACAAAGCAUAUAGAAUUGUUCAAAAAAUUUUCAGAGACAGGAAAAUAAAAUUGACAUGUAUCAAAAGGAAAAAGUGGCGAGAUUCUGUUUCAAGAACCAGAAACUCAGAAGGCAAAGACCGAGCCAUAUUGAAGGAGGAAUUCGAAAAAGCUUUAAAUAAGUUAAAGGAUAGGAAUGCUUCAGGGGUAGACAAAAUGCCAGCAGAAUUUAUUAAGAAACAGUGGAGAAAACAUCAAGAAUAUAUACUAUAUGAACUAGUCUAA